AUGGAUCACACGACGAUCGCCGCCGCCGUAACAAGUGCCGCCGCAAAGAAAACAAAGGGGCGGCAGAAGCUGGAGAUGAAGAAGAUCGGGAAGAAGAUCACCUUCAGCAAGCGCCGCAAGGGCCUCUUCCGGAAAGCCGGCGAGCUAAGCGUCCUCUCCGGCUCCGAGAUCGCGAUCCUCGUGCAGUCUCCGGCCGGAAAGAUCUUCGCUUUCGGGACGCCCACCGCCGACGCCGUCUUGUGCCGUCUUAAGGGAGUCGAGUACCAGGACCAGUCGGCGUUCGAGCGGGCGGAGGCCAUGAGGCUGAGGUACGAGGAGGCCGUCAGGAAGCUGGAGGCGGAGAUGAGUGCCAAGGCGGAGGACGACGGCGGGUCGUGGUGGGAGAGGGAUUUUGAGGGCAUGGAUGUGGCGGAGCUCGAGGAGUACGCGGCGGCUUUGGAGAGUUUGAGGAACGGAGUUUUGAAGACCGUCAUGGAUCACACGACGAUCGCCGCCGCCGUAACAAGCGUCGCCGCAAAGAAAACAAAGGGGCGGCAGAAGCUAGAGAUGAAGAAGAUCGGGAAGAAGCCCAAUCUCCAGGCCACCUUCAGCAAGCGCCGUAAGGGCCUCUUCCGGAAAGCCGGCGAGCUCAGCGCCCUCUCCGACUCCGACAUCGCGAUCCUCGUGCAGUCGCCGGCCGGAAAGAUCUUCGCUUUUGGGACAUCCACCGUCGACGCCGUCUUGGGCCGUCUUCAGGGAGUCGAGUACCAGUACCAGCUGGCGUUCGAGCGGGCGGCGGCCAUGAAUCUGAGGUAUGAGGAGGCCGUCAGGAAGCUGGAGGCGGAGAAGAGUGCCAAGGCGGAGGACGACGGCGGGUCGUGGUGGGAGAGGGAUUUUGAGGGCAUGGAUGUGGCGGAGCUUGAAGUGUACGCGGCGGCUUUGGAGAGUUUGAGGAACGGAGUUUUGAAGACCGCCAUGGAUCACACGACUAUCGUCGCCGCCGUAACAAGCGCCGCCGCAAAGAAAACAAAGGGGCGGCGGAAGCUGGAGAUGAAGAAAAUCGGGAAGAAGCCCAACCUCCAGGUCACCUUCAGCAAGCGCCGCAAGGGCCUCUUCCGGAAAGCCGGCGAACUCAGCGUCCUCUCCGGCUCCGAGAUCGCGAUCCUCGUGCAGUCGCCGGCCGGAAAGAUCUUCGCCUUCGGGGCACCCACCGUCGACGCCGUCGUUUGCCGUCUUCAGGGAGUCGAUUGCCAGUACCAGCCAGCGUUCGAGCGGGCGGAAGCCAUGAGGCUGAGGUACGAGGAGGCCGUCAGGAAGCUGGAGGCGGAGAAGAGUGCCAAGGCGGAGGACGACGGCGGGUCGUGGUGGGAGAGGGAUUUUGAGGGCAUGGAUGUGGCGGAGCUUGAAGUGUACGCGGCGGCUUUGGAGAGUUUGAGGAACGGAGUUUUGAAAACGGUGGAGGAUCUCGGCUGUGUUGCUGCCCAGGAUUUUGGG